CGAAAUUAAACAGUAUAUAUAAAAUAAUGUUUAUAAAUGUUCUUUACAAGGAUGCACCAGAGCUGUCUCACAUACGACGACUUUCAUCGGAACCUGAUUUGUCUCAGGAGAAAAUCUUACUAGUGAACCCAAAUUGUCCUGUGAGGAUAAUGUUGGAGUACAUCAGGAAGAAAUGCCGCCUAGGCUCGUUUACGCAGUUCGACCUGUGCGACGAGAGUGGCGUCCUCUUGGGGCUUUUCAACCUGCCCACUUACUCUUAUGCCACUGCCCAGUUUGAACAUAAAAAAGCUUACUACGUUAUUGUAGUGAGAACGGAAACAGACAAGCGGCUGUCGGUGCUGCCACAACUCAAUCACGAGAACAGAUUGUAUGAAGACCUUAAGAAUCGGGUGAAAAGAUUCCUUGCCACUGGAGAAGUGAGUCCUCAAUCUACCCCGCCUACAGCGCCGACUGCAAAAGUUGGGCCAACUGCAAAAUCUGCGUCGGCUGGAAAAGCUGUGCCAAAUGCCAAAAUGGUGCCCUCUGCUGGCAAGAAAAAAUAG